UGAAAAGUAGAGGGGAGAGGCAAGCACACUGUACAGCUGCAUGAGAGAGAGAGAGAGAGAGCAGGAGUGUAGAAGAAGAGAAGCCAAUUGGAGGGAGCUCUAAAGCUGGUGACAAGUAGAAGAAGAGGAUAUACUCGUAUUUUUUCCCUCCUCCUUUAUUUCCCUGAAAGGCCACUCCAGGAUCAAGUGGCAGUCGUUCAGUUUGAGCUGAACUUCACUUGGCUAUGCUGCUGUCUCAGCCCCUUUAAACACUCUCCUGCUGAUUCUCACUUCUGUAAAGAGGUAGUACUGGUCAGUCAUCCCGGGCAGAAGAAAGAGGGUAGGAUCUGUUGGCUGGUUUCUGCAGUGUUGGGGAGCUCCGCAGGAGAGCAGAAUGCCUUCUGGGAGAAGAGGGGAUGGAGCUGGGUCAGGAGGCUGCAGGAUGAUGGCAGUGGACACGGGCCGGGCUCCUCAAUCUUGGAUGCAGGUGGUGUUGGCGUGGAGUGUUACGGUGCUGUUGGCAGGUCAUGGAGGUGCAGAAGCGUGCCCCACUCCCUGCAGCUGCCUGAGCAACACGGUGGACUGCCAUGGCCUGGGGAUCCACACUGUGCCCAAAAACAUCCCCAGGGGCACUGAGAGGCUAGACCUGAAUGGAAACAACCUGACAGUCAUCACCAAGACAGACUUCUCGGGUCUCAAACACCUCCGAGUCCUUCAUCUGAUGGAAAACCAGAUCAGUAACAUUGAGAAGGGAGCAUUUGAUGAGCUGAAGGAGCUGGAAAGACUUCGCCUGAACAAAAACCGUCUCAGCCAGCUUCCAGAGCUGCUCUUUCAGAAGAAUGAAGCCCUGUCUCGACUAGAUCUAAGUGAAAAUGCCAUCCAAGCCAUUCCGAGGAGAGCUUUCAGAGGCGCAACAGACCUCAAAAACCUUCAGCUGGAUAAAAACCAUAUCAGCUGUAUUGAAGAGGGGGCGUUCAGAGCUUUGCGAUCUCUAGAAGUCCUCACACUGAACAACAACAACAUCAGCAGCAUUCCAGUCUCCAGUUUCAAUCACAUGCCAAAGCUCCGCACCUUUCGUCUCCACUCUAACUCUCUGCGCUGUGACUGUCACCUGGCUUGGUUGUCUCCAUGGCUACGGCAGCGGCCAGCUUUGGGCCUCUACACUCAGUGUAGCUCUCCUCCCACUUUGAGGGGCCUCAACCUGGCCGAGCUGCGUAAAAGUGACUUUGCCUGCUCAGGCCACAGUGGCAGUGCCUUCGUUCAGCCAUGUAGUUUAGCAUCUGGGUCCUGUCCUCCGAUGUGCUCCUGCAGCAACAACAUUGUGGACUGCCGUGGGAGGGGCCUAACUGCAAUCCCUGCCCACCUCCCUGAGGGUAUGACUGAGAUACGUCUGGAGCAGAAUGGCAUCAAGUCAGUUCCCCCAGGCGCCUUCACAUCCUACAAGAAGCUCAGGCGAAUUGACCUGAGCAACAACCAGAUAUCUGAGAUCGCUCCUGAUGCUUUCCACGGCCUCCGAGCUCUCAGUUCACUAGUUCUGUAUGGUAAUAAGAUCACUGAGCUGCCCAGUGGAGUGUUCGAUGGUCUGGCCUCUCUGGAGCUGCUGUUGCUGAAUGCAAAUAAAAUCCACUGCAUCAGAGCCAACGUGUUUAAAGAUCUGGAGAACCUGGCUCUUCUGUCGCUGUACGACAACAAGAUCCAGAGUUUGGCCAAAGGCACCUUCAGCUCACUGCGCAGCAUCCAGACGCUACACUUGGCCCAGAAUCCCUUUGUGUGUGACUGUAAUGUGAAGUGGCUGGCCGACUUCCUGCGUUCAAACCCCAUAGAGACCAGCGGUGCACGCUGUGCCAGUCCUCGCCGCCUUGCCAACAAACGCAUCGCACAGAUCAAGAGCAGCAAGUUCAGAUGCUCUGCCAAGGAGCAGUACCACAUCCCAGGCACUGAAGACAGACGUCUAAACUACGAGUGUAACAGUAAGCCAGUGUGUCCUGCUAAAUGUCGCUGUGAAGCCAAUGUGGUCGACUGCUCCAACCUCCGCCUCACUAAGUUCCCGGAGCACCUGCCAUCCUCCACUGAAGAGCUGCGUCUCAACAACAAUGACCUCUCCGUGCUGGAGGCCACAGGAGCCUUCAAGGGCCUGUCACAGCUUAAGAAAAUCAACCUGAGCAACAACAAGAUUUCAGAGAUUGAGGACGGCGCAUUUGAGGGUGCUUCCUCGGUGGUGGAGCUUCACCUGACAGCCAACCACCUGGAAUCUGUCAGAGGGAGCAUGUUCAAAGGCAUGGAGGGCAUGCGCAUGCUGAUGCUCAGGAAUAAUAAGAUCAGCUGUAUCCAUAACGGGAGCUUCACCGGGCUGACCAACGUCAGGCUGCUCUCCCUGUAUGACAACCAGCUGAGCACCAUCCUCCCUGGAGCCUUCGACACACUGCCCAACCUGUCCACACUAAACCUCCUGGCCAAUCCUUUUAAAUGUGACUGCCGUCUGUCCUGGUUUGGGGCGUGGCUUAGAAGUCGGCGAAUCGUGACAGGGAAUCCUCGCUGUCAGGGGCCCGCAUUUCUUCGAGAAAUCCCACUGCAAGAUGUAGCUGUGCCUGAUUUCCGUUGUGAGGAUGGCGCUGUGCUCGAGGACAGCAACUGUGGCCCGGGGCCUCAGUGUCCCAGCCAGUGCACCUGUAUGGACACAGUUGUGCGCUGCAGCAACAAACAUCUGCAGGCUCUGCCGAGAGGACUGCCCCGCAACGUCACUGAACUUUAUCUGGAUGGUAACCAGUUCACCAGCGUUCCCAAAGAGUUAACUGCUUUUAAAUACCUGCAGCUUGUUGAUCUGAGCAACAAUAAAAUCAACUCCCUGUCUGAUGAUUCCUUCUCCAACAUGAGCCAGCUCACCACACUGAUCCUCAGUUACAACGAACUGCGCUGUAUCCCUCCUCUGGCACUGGGUGGCUUGCGCUCGCUUAGACUGCUCUCUCUCCAUGGCAACGACAUCUCUGAGCUGCAGGAGGGUAUCUUCAGUGACGUGGUCUCCUUGUCUCACCUAGCAAUUGGAGCCAACCCGCUGUACUGCGACUGCCGUCUGCUGUGGCUGUCAGAGUGGGUGAAGAGCGGCUAUAAGGAGCCUGGUAUCGCCCGCUGUGCUGGCCCCCGCGGCAUGGAGGGCAAACUGCUGCUCACCACGCCUGCCGACAAGUUCCAGUGUCUAGGUCCGGUGGAGUCAUCCGUUCAGGCCAAAUGUAGUCCGUGUGUGUCUUCCCCCUGCCAGAACCAAGGCAUCUGCAAAGUCCACCACACACAACAGUACACCUGUGUCUGCAAGUCUGGCUUCACGGGCAAACACUGUGAGACUCCAGUUGAUGCCUGCGUCAGUAAUCCCUGCACCAAUGGAGGAACCUGCCUGAGUGAUGAGCAGACCAGAGGAUUCAGCUGCGCAUGUGCUUUUGGUUUCCAUGGAACUUUUUGCGAGGUGAACGUGGACGAUUGUGAGGACCAUGGUUGUGAGAAUGGCGCCACCUGUGUCGACGGAGUUGGCAACUACACCUGCUUGUGCCCUCCAAACUACACAGGUCUGUUGUGUGAAGAAGAGGAAGGCGUUUGCUCUCCAGGUAGAAACCCCUGUCAGCAUCAAUCCACCUGCGUCAGCACUCCAAAUGGCCCCAGGUGUGUAUGCAUCCCAGGCUGGGUGGGGCCAGACUGCGGUAUUGAUUAUAAUGAGUGUGUGGAUCAUCGAUGUCAGAAUGGAGCCCAGUGUGUCGACCAUCUGGACGGCUACAGUUGUGUUUGUCCGCAGGGAUACAGUGGUGAGUUUUGUGAGGUGGCCCUUCCUGCCCCGCUGCCUUGCCAGCUUGCUCAGUGUCAGAACGGUGCCCUCUGUGAGGAAAAGCUGGGGACUGCAGUGUGUCAGUGCCUGCCAGGCUUUGAGGGUCAGAACUGUGAGAAGCUGGUCAGUGUCAACUUUGUUGACAGAGAUUCUUAUGUUCAGCUUCAAGAUGUCAAAAACUGGCCUCAAACCAACAUCACACUACAGGUGUCAACAGCAGAGGAAAAUGGUAUCUUGCUCUAUAACGGGGACAAUGAGCCAAUCGCUGUGGAGCUCCAUCAGGGUCAUGUCAGGGUCACAUAUGACCCAGGGAACCAACCUGCCACUGCUAUCUACAGCACAGAGACUGUCAACGAUGGGCAUUUCCACACGCUAGAGUUGGUGACCUUUAAUCGGAUGGUGAACCUGUCAGUGGAUGGAGGAGAGCCAACAACACUGGACAGUCAGGGAGAAAGUCGUUCAGCAACAGGGGAGGCCCGUCUGUAUGUGGGAGGUAUGCCUGAGGAAGUGAUGCCAGCCUCUCUGGGUCUCUCCUCUCAGACCCUCAACACAUCAAGCUUCCACGGCUGCAUCAGGAACCUUUAUAUCAACCACGAGCUGCAGGACUUCACCCGCAGCCACAUGAAGCUGGGGGUGGUGCCGGGCUGUAAAGCCUGUCGCAAACUCUACUGCCUGCAUGGGAUCUGCCAACCCAACGGUCCACAGGGCCCUCAGUGCCACUGCCAGCAAGGUUGGACAGGACAACACUGUGACCAGCCAGUAACAGGAGGUCUUACUAGAGUGGAUGUUGUCACUCUAGCGGCUGGUGCCAACCCCUGUGAAGGCAGCAAGUGUGUAAAGGGUGUGUGCGUGGUGCUGGAUGCAGAAACAUACCGCUGCGACUGUGAGGAGGGAUAUUACGGUGCACUGUGUAACCUCCAGAAGGAGCCCGCGGGCUCAUGCUGGGGUCUGAAGUGUCUGCAUGGCCAGUGUCAGAAGACAGAGGAUGGAGAAAGGUGCAUCUGUGAGCAGGGGUACACUGGAGAGAGCUGUGAUAUAGAGUCCCCCUGUCGAGGCGAGCCAGUCAGGGAUUACCACCGGCUGCAGCGCGGCACCGUCCUCUGCCAGACGUCAAAACCUUUUUCCUGGGUUGAGUGUCAAGGUCGCUGCCAAGCGACAGCAAAGCUGGACAUCACCGUCGCCUCCUGCUGCGCUCCUCUGAGGGUGCGACGCCGGCGGCUCACCUUCGAAUGCGACGACGGCACCUCGUUUACGCAGGACGUGGAGAAACCUGUGGAAUGUGGCUGCAAGGAGUGUGUGUAGUACCAGUGGUGCACACACGCACACAUCCAGACACAUAGUUUCAAACACAGCAGACACACACCAAGCUAAACAGGUACACACACUGUAGGAUUUGUCUCACUGAAAAACAGACAUUUUUUGGUGUUUUGUGCUCAGACACAGUUUUGUAACAUAAGAGAGUUCUUCCCUUUCGAGACAUGAAAUCAACGAGUCGACCUCAUCAUCAUCAACUUCCUCUUCUUCACCUGCUGUAGGAGAACCUUCUCUAACUACCAAACUCCAGCUCAUUAGUCAUACUUGUGUGGUGAGAAGCCUCUGUAUGCCUUCUCUUUGUUACCCCCAAAAAUUGCAACAGCAAACAGUGACUUAUUGGAGGAAGUAAAGGCACUAAUUAUUUCGGGACUCACUUACAAUAAAGAAGCUUUGACGUUCAAAAUUGAUGCGAGAAUUACUCUGUUUUUUCAGCAAUGCAAAACAUCUACCAAACCAGAUUUAAUUUUCUUACAAUAUCACAACUUUAUACACCGCUACUGAAAUUCUCAACCUGCCAUCAAAUUUUAUGAAAUAAGCAUAAACUCAGAAACCUAUGGCUUAAAGAAUGCUCAGUUACUUCUUCAGUAAAGCUCAAUCUUCUGUCAUAUCUCAAUUUAGGAAAAUAAGCACAAAUUUGACCUUUUUAUGGUCAAGUGCAGUUAUUUAAUUUAUAUGUAUGAGCUGUGCACAUUUUUCACUUCAGUCUGGCACUUAACUGUCCUAAAGUUGCAAUCCAAAUUUAUAAAACUAUCAAACUUCAACGAUCUGAAUAAUAUAACAUAUAAUAAGUGAUUGACAGGAUCACUAGACACUUUAUAGCAAAAGCUUUUUUAAAAAAAAUAAAUACUUAAUAACACUAAUCUUAAUAAAACAGACUUGUAUUUGUGCUUUGGGUAUAUAACUCUAUAGUGCUUCUCUUUCUAUUAUAAUAAAUCAAUCAUAUAUGGGUCUUCAGAUUUAUCUUGUCAAGGAAAAUUUUUGAAAUACUGCACAAUACUAACAUUCUCAUUUCACAAAAUUACAUUUCACAAAAAGUCAGAUUAAUCACAAGUUUCUAUGUUGAAUUCAAGAACAAAGAACAUAUAUAUAGAUAUAUAUAUACAUAUAUAUCUAUAUAUAUACAUAUAUAUAUAUAGAUAUAUAUGGUGUGUGUGUGCACAAACACACCAAAAAGUAACAAACAUUUCUGUUGAUACACGUGUCCCGUUGGUAAUGCAGAUGGCAAAGAUGGCAGCAAACUCAUUGGUGUUUAAAGUGGUAAAUAAAAUAAUCCGAAGUUCCCAUGUUAAUGAUCAGCACCACCUACUGUUUGAAAGCAGUCCUGUAAGAAACUAUCAUCUUAAAUCUCAAAUCUACAAUGAUGUCAAAGGUCAUCUUGUUCCUUUUCUUGACAUGAACACAGCCUAGAGGUAAAAGGUGACAGAGACAUUAGUUAGUGUGUGAUGUACUCACUUUGCUGCUUACCAGACACAUUUUCACAGUUUAGACUAGCAGUAUGCGUGUGUGUGUGUGUUCUUGUUCUUCUCAUUUGUGAGGACCUCUUCAAAUCUCUUUAAAGUGAGGACAUUGCACAUUGCUAAAUUAAAGGGCUUUUUGAAGGUUAAGACUUUAUUUAGGGUUAAGCGGGGCUGAGGUUAGAGCUGGGGAUUAAAUCUCAGAGUUGUGAAACUCCGCAUUAAAGAAUACUUUGCUGUUAAAUUUAUGCUUAAUUUGACCAAACUUCCUAACGCUAGGCUAUUAAUUUACAAAAUAAAAUUUUUUGAUAAUUUUACCAUGUUUCCAUCACAUAAUCCAUGACAGUGAAACUUGAAAGUAAUUGUUGUUGAUUAUUUUUCUGCUAAAGCAGUUAGACCAUUCUAAGUCUACGAUGCAUUGCACCUACUACUAUAACAAUUAUUUUUAAUAAUAAUAAUGAUGAAUUAUCAUUUGCCUAAAAUUCUCAGCUUAGUAAGGCUUUCAGAAUUCACCACAGCCCAAAGUGUUGCUUUCUAACGUCAUAAUAGCCCGCUCAUAGAUGACAAAGAAACAUAUCAAUUCCUCAAGCAAAUAUUUCCCAUUUUUGCUGAAAUUUCCUCUACUUUUCCUUGUAGCAAUAACGUAAUUUUUACAUUUGAUCUUCACUAUAACAAACUGGACAAUUCAAACCAAAUUUUUUUUAGCAGCAUGUUGCACAGAACAAGAAGGAAAUGAAUAGGGGUCUGGAACGGGAGACAAACUACUUGGUUGUGAUUUAAAAUCCGUGUGUGAUUUUUAAUGCAUGGGCUGAAAAAUUAGCAAUUACAUUUGUUUUCAGAAAUGGUGUAUCUUUGUUUAGGUGGAAUACUCCUAUACUGGCAAAAGUAUUUAAAACUUUAAAAUGAUACCCAGCCAGCUGGAACAGCCUGGUGUCAUGAAAUACCGUGCCAAGUAAUUUAAUGUGUUAUCACUAUGCAUUUUUUGCUUUUCGCGCAUCAGUUCACACCAUGAUUGACAACCGUACCCUGACCUUAACCUUGGCUCUUCCUCGUGUCAUUUAGUGAAGCAAAAUGACACCUGAAAAAUUAUAUACAUGACAUGUGGAAUCUGUCCUGAUAUCAUGUUGACUGGAAACGAUAGGCGUGUGGAGAGUUAAGGUUAAGGGCUUACAGAAGGUGUUAUUCUGUGAAGGAGGAUCCUUACAUGUGUAGAAGUACAAAAACCUGUGUGUGUGUUUGUCAUUGGAAGAUGUUUCCAACAACAAGAAAUCAUCCCGUUGUAAUGAGCUUCAUUAUCCAGCGAUGCAGCCUGCUUUUUGGAAUCAAACACUCCCUCUCCAAUUUGUCCAGAAACAGUGAACGCACCAUAGGAAUGCCACACAGACAAUGUAGCUUUUAUAUAUGAUGUCAUGUUAUUUAUAUGGAUGUGAAACUAAAAAUUAUAUUAGUUUUAACAUGGUUGAAUUUUAGCCUUUGAUUCAAAAUGUCCAUAAAGGUCCAGAAUUGAACUAAUGUAGCUUUUAUUGUUAUCAUUAUUGUUAUAACUGUAGCACAUCUACAUACAGUAACAACCUAACAGAUUGUAAUAUAUAUUAUAAUAAUCUUAUUAUGCAUUCGUUUUUGUCAUAGUAUUUUUAUAUGUUGGAGAGGAUGUUGUGUCUGUAUCAUUUGUAGCCUGUAGAAAAAUGUUUGUUUUUAAGAAAACCAACCUCACAUGAUUCAUGGGAAUUUUGAUGUUAUGGUUUCUGUUGUCUCGCCUAAACAGAGACAACGAGUAAUGCGUCUCUUUCCUAUUUAUUUCAAUAAAGAGUUGUUUCUCCUUC